AAAAAAAAAUUAAAAAAAAUAAGUAAAAAAAAAAAAAAAAUAAGUUAAAAAAAAAGAAAAACGUGUUUCCUCCAAACAUUUGCUCAGCUGAGUCAUGUGACUGAAGUCCUUCCUCAUCGGCCACUACUUGAAGGAGCUGUAGUUUAGAAAACAGCUGCUGGAUCAACUCGGUCCUCAGUCUUCCUGCUGCUCCUGUUGCUCCUCCACCACCACACUGCCUUCAUCAUGAUGGAGAACUGGAAGCGGUUCGCGGUCAGUCUGAUCGCCGCCGCCACCGUGGGGAUCAUCGCGGUUAUCUUCGUGUGCAGAUGGGCUGUCCAGUACCGAGGAGGCUUCGCCUGGGACGGAGGACAGGCUGAGUUCAACUGGCAUCCGCUCCUCAUGGUGGUCGGGCUUAUUUUCGUGCAGGGAAUAGCCAUCAUCGUCUACAGACUCCCCUGGACCUGGCACUACAGCAAGUUGUUGAUGAAGUGCAUCCACGCAGGCUUGCACAUAUUAACCUUCAUCCUUGCUGUCAUAUCUCUGGUGGCCGUUUUUGACUUUCACAAUGCUGCCAAAAUCCCCAACAUGUACAGUCUGCACAGCUGGGUGGGCCUGAUAGCUGUGGUUCUCUACAGUCUGCAGCUUGUCCUUGGAGUUGGCAUGUACCUGAUACCAAUUACACCUGCGUCCUGGAGAGCAGCGUAUAUGCCCCUCCAUGUCUACAGCGGUCUUUUACUCUUUGGCAGUGUAAUAGCUGUGGCACUAAUGGGCAUCACAGAGAAACUCAUUUUUAGCCUGAAAGACCCAAAGUACAAGGACUUGCCUCCAGAGGCCGUUUUUGUGAACGUGCUGGGACUCCUGCUUGUGGUUUAUGGAGCUCUUAUCCUCUGGAUUGCCACUCGACCGUCUUGGAAACGCCCCAAAGAGCAGAUCUUGCAUACCCUGCAUACCAAUGGGGGAGAAGAGGAGCGCAGCAAGGAAGUUCCAGACCUGUCUGAUCCAUCUGAUGAAGAGCCCAGUGGGAAUGUCAGGAGGAGGAGUUUCAAAUUAGAUGAUCAGACUGACUGAUUACAAAAUAACUGACUGGGAGCAGGUACUGUCUCCAGUGUUGAAUGUAUGUACACCCAGUUUACACUGGUCAGAGAAAGUCAAAAUGAAGAAAUCUAUUUUUUACUGAUCUUUCCAUACAUAACUUUAUCUUGUGCACCUUAAGUUGGUAUUUUGUUGUUGUUUUCUCUAACAUGUAUUGUUGUAAGCGCAUGCACAUAAUGGUGAAUUACUUUAUAACACGAUUCAGGUGAUGAGGGAAUACACUUUAUUGACAAACACUGUACAAAUAUUCUAUAGAGUGCUACAGGAAUGAGUCCUAAAACGCAGAAAUGAGUUAGCAUUUUAGCACUGCCGGUUCACUUGUCUGAAAGUCAGUGUUUUUUUUUAGGUAGAUGCCUGAAAUGAGGUCUGUAGUUAGCACAAGCUGAAGAGAUUUUAAUGUGUUGUUUUACGAUAUACAUCAACAAAAAAUCCCAUUGGCUUUUUUUUUUUGUCGAGGGAACCCAAAGUGAUUCUAACUUCCUGUUUGGCCUACAAAAAUAUGUCCUCCCUGAAGCACUUUAUACUCUAUUAUACUCUAAUUCCUUUGUAUUGGGAUAUCUGGAUUUUUGAGAUAUGUUCAGAACCUACAUUUUACAAUAAAUAUUUGCAACUUCUAA